CCCCGGCUGUCCGGGCUCGGCCGCCCGCGCCGACUGCGCUGUCCAGGGGAGGGAAGGGAGUCCCAGGCGCGAGCCGGGACCUGCAGCCACAACUUUUCGCCCGUCCUCUCCUUCCCCACUGUCCCCUUCCCCGUCCCCUUCCCCAUCCUCUGGCCCCUACCUUCUGUAAGGCGUCGGCCCCCCAGGAGUGAAGGAGUCCUUCCGCAGGUUUCGAAGAGAACCAGGUGGCAACUUGCCUCCUGGUGAGGGCGUCCCUCCCCGCACCGUCUCAAGAUGCUCAGGGGUCCGGGUCUCGGGCUCCAGCUGCUGCUGGUUGGCUUGUCCCUGGGGACAACGGUGUCCGCCUGGAGGGGCAAGAGACAGGCGCAGCAAAUCAUUCAGCCCCAGUCCCCGGUGCCUGUCAGCCAAAGCAAGCCUGGUUGUUUUGACAAUGGGAAUCACUAUCAGAUAAACCAACAGUGGGAACGCACAUACCUGGGCAAUACCUUGGUUUGUACCUGUUAUGGAGGGAGCCGAGGCUUUAACUGCGAGAGUAAACCUGAACCUGAAGAGACUUGCUUUGACAAGUACACUGGGAACACUUACCGGGUGGGGGACACUUAUGAGCGCCCUAAAGACUCCAUGAUCUGGGACUGUACCUGCAUCGGGGCUGGGCGAAGAAGAAUAAGCUGUACCAUUGCAAACCGCUGCCACGAAGGGGGUCAGUCCUACAAGAUCGGUGACACCUGGAGAAGGCCACAUGAGACUGGUGGUUACAUGCUAGAGUGUGUGUGUCUUGGUAACGGGAAAGGAGAAUGGACCUGCAAGCCCAUAGCUGAGAAGUGUUUUGACCACGCUGCUGGGACUUCCUACGUUGUCGGGGAAACCUGGGAAAAGCCCUAUCAAGGCUGGAUGAUGGUGGACUGCACCUGUCUGGGGGAAGGAAGUGGGCGCAUCACCUGCACCUCUAGAAACAGAUGCAACGACCAGGACACUAGGACCUCCUACAGAAUCGGAGACACCUGGAGCAAGAAGGACAACCGGGGGAACCUGCUGCAGUGCCUCUGCACGGGCAAUGGCAGAGGGGAGUGGAAGUGCGAACGGCAUGCGUCCGUGCAGACCACCGCCACCCGAUCAGGCACUGUCACAGAUGUCCAAAUGGCCAUUUUCCAGCCUCAGACGAACCCCCAGCCUGUUCCAUAUGGUCACUGCAUCACAGACAGUGGUGUGGUCUACUCGGUGGGGAUGCAGUGGCUGAAGACACAAGGAAAUAAGCAGAUGCUGUGCACUUGCCUGGGCAAUGGAGUCAGCUGCCAAGAGACAGCUGUAAUGCAAACUUAUGGUGGCAAUUCAAACGGGGAGCCAUGUGUCUUGCCAUUCACCUACAACGGCAGGACUUUCUACUCCUGCACCAGUGAAGGGCGACAGGAUGGCCAUCUCUGGUGCAGCACGACUUCCAAUUAUGAACAAGACCAGAAAUAUUCUUUCUGUACAGACCAUACUGUGUUGAUUCAAACUCGAGGUGGAAAUUCCAACGGCGCCUUGUGCCACUUCCCCUUCCUAUUCAACAACCACAACUACACUGACUGUACUUCUGAGGGCAGGAGAGACAACAUGAAAUGGUGCGGAACCACGCAGAACUAUGACGCCGACCAGAAGUUUGGAUUCUGCCCCAUGGCUGCCCAUGAAGAAAUCUGUACAACCAAAGAAGGGGUCAUGUAUCGCAUUGGAGACCAGUGGGAUAAGCAGCAUGACAUGGGGCACAUGAUGAGGUGCACAUGCGUGGGGAAUGGCCGUGGGGAAUGGACUUGUGUCGCCUACUCCCGGCUCCGAGAUCAAUGCAUUGUCGACGACAUUACUUACAACGUGAAUGACACAUUUCAUAAGCGCCAUGAAGAGGGACACAUGCUGAAUUGUACCUGCUUCGGCCAGGGCCGGGGUCGAUGGAAGUGUGACCCCAUCGACCAGUGUCAAGAUUCAGAAACGCGAACAUUUUAUCAAAUUGGAGACUCGUGGGAGAAGUACGUGCAUGGUGUCAGGUACCAGUGCUACUGCUAUGGCCGUGGCAUUGGGGAGUGGCAUUGCCAGCCCUUACAGACCUACCCGGGCACCUCCGGUCCCGUCCAAGUCAUCAUCACGGAGACCCCCGGGCACCCCAACUCGCACCCCAUCCAGUGGAAUGCCCCAGAACCCUCCCACAUUACCAACUACAUCCUCAGGUGGAAGCCUAAAAACUCACCCAAUUGGAAGGAAGUCACCAUUCCAGGCCACUUAAACUCAUACACUAUUAAAGGGCUGAGGCCAAAUGUGGUGUAUGAGGGGCAGCUCAUAAGUAUCCAGCAGUACGGCCACAAAGAGGUGACCCGCUUUGACUUCACCACCACCAGCACGAACCCAGCAGUGAGCAGCAACACAGUGACAGGAGAGACAACACCCUUCUCUCCUGUGGUGGCCACUUCGGAAUCUGUGACUGAGAUCACGGCCAGCAGCUUUGUGGUCUCGUGGGUCUCAGCUUCGGACACGGUGUCAGGAUUCCGUGUGGAAUAUGAGCUGAGUGAAGAGGGGGAUGAGCCUCAGUACCUCGAUCUUCCAAGCACAGCCACUUCUGUGAAUAUCCCCGACCUGCUGCCUGGCCGAAAAUACAUCGUAAAUGUCUACCAGAUAUCUGAAGAAGGAGAGCAGAGUCUGAUCCUGUCUACGUCUCAGACAACAGCGCCCGAUGCCCCUCCUAAUCCUACUGUGGGCCAAGUUGACGACACCUCAAUCGUUGUUCACUGGAGCCGACCCCAGGCCCCCAUCACAGGCUACAGAAUCGUGUAUUCGCCGUCCGUCGAAGGGAGCAGCACAGAGCUCAACCUUCCCGAGAGCGCCAACUCUGUCACCCUCAGUGACUUGCAGCCCGGCGUGCAGUACAACAUCACCAUCUACGCUGUGGAAGAGAACCAAGAAAGCACCCCCGUUUUCAUCCAGCAGGAGACCACCGGUGUCCCCCGUCCAGAUAAAGUUCCCUCUCCCCGGGACCUGCAGUUUGUGGAAGUGACAGACGUGAAGAUCACCAUCAUGUGGACACCCCCGGAGAGUGCCGUGACCGGUUACCGAGUGGACGUGAUCCCCGUCAACCUGCCCGGAGAGCACGGGCAGCGGCUGCCCGUCAGCAGGAACAACUUUGCGGAAGUCGUAGGGCUGUCCCCGGGGGUCACUUACCACUUCAAGGUCUUUGCCGUGAACCACGGGAGGGAGAGCAAGCCUCUAGUAGGAGAACAGACCACCAAAUUGGAUGCUCCCACUAACCUCCAGUUUAUGAAUGAAACGGACUCGAGCGUGAUAGUGACCUGGACACCCCCUCGAGCCCGGAUAGCUGGGUACCGGCUGACUGUGGGCCUGACCCGGGGAGGCCAGCCCAAGCAGUACAACGUGGGGCCCUCCGCCUCGCAGUACCCGCUGAGGAAUCUGCAGCCGGGGUCCGAGUACACCGCCACCCUCGUGGCCGUGAAAGGCAACCAGCAAAGCCCCAGAGCCACCGGAGUCUUCACCACUCAGCAGCCUAGGGGGUCCAUCCCACCUUACAACACGGAGGUGACGGAGACCACCAUUGUGAUUACGUGGACACCUGCUCCGAGGAUCGGAUUUAAGCUGGGUGUGCGACCGAGCCAGGGAGGGGAAGCCCCACGAGAAGUGACUUCAGACUCCGGGAGCAUUGUUGUGUCCGGCCUGACUCCGGGCGUGGAAUACGUGUACACCAUCUCCGUCCUCAGAGAUGGGCAGGAGAGAGGGACGCCCAUUGUCAACAAAGUGGUGACACCCUUGUCUCCACCAACCAACCUGCACCUGGAGGCAAACCCUGACACGGGGGUGCUCACGGUCUCCUGGGAAAGGAGCACCACUCCAGACAUCACUGGGUAUAGAAUUACCACCACCCCGACAAAUGACCAGGAGGGAUAUUCUUUGGAAGAAAUGGUCCGUGCAGAUCAGAGUUCCUGCACUUUUGAAAACCUGAAUCCUGGCCUGGAGUACAAUGUCAGUGUUUAUACUGUCAAAGAUAACAAGGAAAGUGUCCCUAUCUCUGAUACCAUCAUCCCAGAGGUGCCCCAACUCACUGACCUAAGCUUUGUUGACAUAACCGAUUCAAGCAUCGGCCUGAGGUGGACCCCGCUAAACUCCUCCACCAUUAUUGGGUACCGCAUCACAGUAGUUGCGGCAGGAGAAGGUAUCCCCAUUUUUGAAGAUUUUGUGGACUCCUCAGUAGGAUACUACACAGUGACAGGGCUGGAGCCGGGCAUUGACUAUGACGUCAGCGUUAUCACUCUCAUUAAUGGCGGAGAGAGUGCCCCUACCACACUGACACAGCAAACGGCUGUGCCUGCCCCCACUGACCUGCGAUUCACCAACGUUGGUCCAGACACCAUCCGUGUCACCUGGGCCCCGCCUCCGUCCAUCGAGUUGACCAGCAUCCUGGUGCGCUACUCACCUGUGAAAAAUGAGGAGGAUGUUGCGGAGUUGUCGAUUUCCCCAUCAGACAAUGCAGUGGUCUUAACAAAUCUCCUGCCCGGCACAGAAUACGUAGUCAGCGUCUCUAGUGUUUAUGAACAGCACGAGAGCACGCCUCUCAGAGGAAGACAGAAAACAGGUCUUGACUCUCCAUCCGGCAUUGACUUUUCUGACAUCACCGCCAACUCUUUCACUGUCCACUGGAUUGCUCCUCGUGCCACCAUCACUGGCUACAGGAUUCGCCAUCACCCUGAACACGCCGGCGGGCGACCUCGAGAAGAUCGAGUGCCCCCCACUCGGAAUUCCAUCACCCUCAGCAACCUCAACCCGGGCACAGAAUAUGUGGUCAGCAUCGUUGCACUUAAUGGCAGAGAGGAGAGUCCCCCAUUGGUUGGCCAGCAGUCAACAGUUUCCGAUGUUCCGAGGGACCUGGAAGUUGUUGCCACGACCCCCACCAGCAUGCUGAUCAGCUGGGAAGCCCCUGCUGUCACAGUGAGAUAUUACAGGAUCACCUAUGGAGAAACAGGAGGGAACAGCCCCGUGCAGGAGUUCACUGUGCCCGGGAGCAAGUCUACAGCCACAAUCAGUGGCCUUAAGCCUGGAGUGGACUACACCAUCACCGUUUAUGCCGUCACUGGCCGAGGGGACAGCCCAGCGAGCAGCAAGCCCAUUUCCAUUGAUUACCGAACAGAAAUUGACAAACCAUCCCAGAUGCAGGUGACCGAUGUUCAGGACAACAGCAUCAGUGUCAGGUGGCUGCCUUCCAGUUCCCCUGUGACUGGUUACAGAGUGACCACCACUCCCAAAAAUGGCUUGGGACCAACAAAAACUAAAACUGCGGGUCCAGAUCAAACAGAAAUGACUAUCGAAGGCUUGCAGCCCACAAUGGAGUAUGUGGUCAGUGUCUAUGCUCAGAAUCAAAAUGGAGAGAGUCAGCCUCUGGUCCAGACUGCAGUAACCAACAUUGAUCGCCCUAAAGGACUGGCAUUCACUGAUGUGGAUGUCGAUUCCAUCAAAAUUGCUUGGGAAAGCCCACAGGGGCAAGUUUCCAGGUACAGGGUGACCUACUCGAGCCCUGAGGAUGGAAUCCAUGAGCUAUUCCCUGCACCUGAUGGUGAAGAAGACACUGCAGAGCUGAAAGGCCUCAGGCCUGGUUCUGAGUACACAGUCAGUGUGGUUGCCUUGCACGAUGAUAUGGAGAGCCAGCCCCUGAUUGGAACCCAGUACACAGCCAUUCCUGCACCAACCAACCUGAAGUUCAUUCAGGUUACACCAACAAGCCUGACUGCCCAGUGGACGGCACCCAACAUUCAGCUCACUGGCUACCGGGUGCGGGUGACCCCCAAAGAGAAGACAGGACCAAUGAAAGAGAUCAACCUUUCUCCUGAUAGCUCGUCUGUGGUUGUAUCAGGACUCAUGGUGGCCACCAAAUACGAAGUGAGCGUCUAUGCCCUCAAGGACACAUUGACAAGCAUGCCAGCUUCCGGAGUUGUCAAUACUCUGGAGAAUGUCAGCCCUCCCAGAAGGGCCCGUGUGACAGAUGCCACUGAGACCACCAUCACCAUUAGCUGGAGAACCAAGACUGAGACAAUCACCGGCUUCCAAGUAGAAGCUGUGCCAGGAAAUGGCCAGAUUCCUGUUCAGAGAACCAUCAGUCCAGAUGUCAGAAGCUACACCAUCACAGGUUUACAACCCGGCACUGACUACAAGAUCUACUUGUACACCCUGAAUGACAAUGCCCGGAGCUCCCCUGUCGUCAUCGACGCCUCCACUGCCAUCGAUGCCCCAUCCAACCUGCGUUUCCUGGCCACCACACCCAACUCCUUGCUGGUGUCAUGGCAACCGCCGAGGGCCAAGAUCACUGGUUAUAUCAUCAAGUAUGAGAAGCCUGGGUCCCCUCCCAGAGAAGUGGUUCCUCGGCCCCGCCCUGGUGUCACUGAGGCUUCUAUUACUGGUCUGGAACCAGGAACCGAGUACACAAUCCAAGUCAUUGCCCUUAAGAACAACCAGAAGAGUGAGCCUCUGAUCGGGAGGAAAAAGACAGAUGAGCUUCCCCAACUGGUAACCCUUCCACACCCCAACCUGCAAGGACCAGAGAUCUUGGAUGUUCCCUCCACAGCUCAAAAGACCCCUUCCAUCACCACCGGUAUUCAGCUUCCUGGCACUUCCGGUCAGCAGCCCAGUGUUGGGCAACAAAUGAUCUUUGAGGAGCAUGGUUUUAGGCGGACCACACCUCCCACCACGGCCACCCCUGUAAGGCAUAGGCCAGGACCAUAUCCACCGAAUGUAAAUGAGGAGAUCCAAAUCGGUCAUGUCCCCAGGGGAGACGUAGACCAUCACUUCUACCCUCACGGUCCGGGACUCAAUCCAAAUGCUUCUACAGGACAAGAAGCUCUCUCUCAGACAACCAUCUCUUGGACCCCGUUCCAGGAAAGCUCUGAGUAUAUCAUUUCAUGUCAUCCUGUUGGCACUGACGAAGAGCCCUUACAGUUCCGAGUCCCCGGAACUUCUGCUAGUGCCACGCUGACGGGUCUCACCAGAGGGACCACCUAUAACAUCAUUGUGGAAGCGUUGAAGGACCACCAGCGGCACAAAGUGCAGGAGAAGGUUGUCACCGUGGGCAAUGCGGGCCCAAACCCGCCAACGGAUGACUCGUGCUUCGACCCCUACACGGUUUCGCAUUACGCCGUUGGAGAGGAGUGGGAGCGCUUGUCCGAAUCUGGCUUUAAACUCUCCUGCCAGUGCUUAGGCUUUGGCAGUGGUCAUUUCAGAUGCGAUUCAUCUAAAUGGUGCCAUGACAAUGGUGUGAAUUUCAAGAUUGGAGAGAAGUGGGAUCGCAAGGGAGAAAAUGGCCAGAUGAUGAGCUGCACGUGCCUUGGAAAUGGAAAAGGAGAGUUCAAAUGCGAUCCCCAUGAAACCACAUGCUACGAUGACGGGAAGACGUACCACGUAGGAGAACAGUGGCAGAAGGAAUACCUCGGUGCUAUUUGCUCCUGCACCUGCUUUGGAGGCCAGCGGGGCUGGCGCUGUGACAACUGCCGCAGACCGGGGGCUGAGCCUGGUCCUGAGGGCACUCCCGGUCACUCCUACAACAACCCGUACUCUGAGAGGUACCACCAGAACUCAAACACUAAUGUCAACUGCCCGAUUGAGUGCUUCAUGCCCUUAGAUAUACAGGCUGACAUAGACGAUUCUCGAGAGUAAUCCUUCCAAUCCAGAGCACCGAGCGUGGGUCUCUGCCAAGGCCCAUCCAAACUGGAGUGACAGGAGCAGGCCCCGCCCUAGAGUGUUUGUUUCUUUCUUAAGCCCUUCGCUCUGGAGAGUAACUUCUCCAGCUUCAGCUCGACUCACAGCUUCUCCAAGCAUCACCCUGGGAGUGUUUUGAGACUUUUCUCACAAAAGGGGGCAGUACAUUGUUUGUUCUGUUCCAAAGUAUUCGAUACCGCUCAGUAUUUUAAAUGAUUCUAACUUGUGAUUUGGGAUCAGUAGGGAAGCACGUGCAACAACCCAGAUGCAAAAUGUACUGAAAUGAUAUUACCAAAACUCUAAGUAGGAAAGUUACCCAAACACUUCUGCUUCCAUGUAACUGUCUGGCCCGCAAUGCUGUAGGAACGGCAUGUCCUUGUUACCGUGGUAUUGAAAAUAUCCACGGUGCUCACUUUUUCCAAAUGAUUCUAGUAAUUGCCUAGAAACAUCUUUCUCUUACCUGUUAUUUAUCAAUUUUUCCCAGUAUUUUUAUAUGGAAAAAAAUUUGCAUUGAAGACACUUAGUAUGCAGUUGAUAAGAGGAAUUUGGGUUAUGGUUGGUGACUAUUUUUUAUACUGUACAUGCCAAAGCUUUACUACUGUGGAAAGACAACCGUUUAAUAAAAGAUUUACAUUCCACAA